GGCUGUAUAUAUUCAUAUAUCCUGUUAAACAUGUUUGUAGAGGACAUCACGACAAUGUUUGAAAAUGUGAAACGAAUAUGUCACGACAAUCGUGGCUGUAAAGGAUUAGAGUUUGCGACCAACGUUUCUGACCUUGUGGUUGAAGAAGUUGGAGACGGCAACCUGAAUGAUGUUAUCAGAAUAUCGUCGCCAAGUGUUAAAGGAAAAAACAGUGCAGUUGCAAAACGUGGUCCUCCUUAUAUAAAGUGCUUAGGACCAGAAUAUCCACUGACCAUUAACAGAAACAAAGUAGAAUAUGAUGCGCUGUUCAAAUUCGACUCUAUCAUACCAGGUUGUGUUCCAAAACCACUGUGUCGCUCUCCAGACGAGAAUAUAUAUUUUAUGGAGGAUUUGAAAGGCUAUGAAUUAAUGAGACGAUUGCUUAUAAAAGGAAUUAAUUGUGAGGAAGCCAUUUUAAAAUUGGCACAAAACAUUGCACAUAUACACAAAGAAACACAUGUUUCAAAAUUAUCACAGAAAGAAAAACAAGAAUUAACUGAAAAUUUCAAAAACGAAGAAAUGGUGGCAUUAACAAAACAGUUUGUUUUUACUGCACCAUUUGUAAAUGGGGAACCAACCAAUCAAUGUGCAGAUAACGUUCGACAAUUGUUACCUCAAAUAUAUGAUGAUCCCCAUGUCUUACAAACUGCUGAAAGAAUGAGAAAAUUGUUCUUAGAAAAGAAGGAAUGUUUGCUGCAUGGAGAUUUGCAUACUGGUUCUGUUAUGUGUACUUCUGAUGGGAAAGAUCCAAAGAUGAUGGAUAUAGAGUUUGCCUUCGUUGGACCAUGUGCUUUUGAUGUUGGAAUGUUUUUAGCAAACUUAAUUUUUACUUACUAUCAACAUAUGUCAACACAACAGGACAACGAUACCCAUCGUCAGUAUGCCUAUGGUAUUGUCAAUCUAGGCAAACGAUUUGUGCAAAUUUACAUGGAACAUAUGACCUGCAUCAGUGGCAGUAUUGGGAAUUUUAUGUCAGAGGUAACAGGAUUCUGUGGUUGUGAACUCAUACGAAGGACUGUUGGUGUUGCUCAUGUAGAAGAUUUCAAGGAUUCACAGUUCGGUGAACAGGAAGCAUUUGGUGCCGGUAUUAGACUUUUACAAGCUGUAGACAGGAUAGAAACAGUAGACAAGCUGAUGGUUAUAGCACUUAUGCUUGCUUAAAUUAUAAUACAUUUGAAA